AUGUCUAAGUUUUCGCUCGAAGGCCGGGUCGCCGUAGUCACCGGCGGUGGCCGAGGUUGUGGCUUGGCAUUCGCACAAGGUCUUGCUGAGGCCGGGGCAGACGUUGCCAUUUUUGAUCUGAUAGACCCGGAGCCAUCCGCUUUCGAGCAACUGUCUUCUGCGAACGGGGUCAAAGCAAAAGCAUAUGUUGUCGACGUAACAUCUAUCUCCAGCUUAGAGAAGGCUUUUGCCGCUGUGGCAGCCGAUUUUGAUGGCAAGCUCGACAUCUUUGUCGCUUGCGCCGGUGUGAACAAGAACGUUGAGUUCCUGGAUACCGAGGAGGCAGACUUUGACAGGCUCUAUGGCGUGAACUGCAAAGGCCUCUACUUUUCAGCAAAGAUGGCCGCCAAGGCAAUGAUUGCCAAUGGCACUAAGUGUGGAAGCAUAAUCUUUGUUGCAAGUAUCGCAUCGUACAUGGCGAUUCGCUCCCAACGAUCAACUGCGUAUUGUGGCACAAAGGGAGCAGUACGAGCGAUGGUCGCUCCGAUUGCUGCCGAGCUAAACAAGUACGGAAUCCGCGUCAACUCCAUCUCGCCUGGCUAUGUGCGGACAGAAAUGACGGCUCCCUUCCCUGAUCUUCUUGAGGGAUGGAAGGAUGAGAUUAUGAACGGCAGGGUAGCGGAGCCGGACGAUAUAAAGGGAGCCUGUGUUUUCUUGGCGAGCGAUGCUAGCAAAUACUGCCAGGGGAGCGAUAUCCUGGUUGAUGGCGGUGUGACCAAAUGGUAG